AUGCCGUCGCCUUUGGCGCCAAGCGCAAGUGAGCUGAGCUCGCCAGCGUCGUCGUCUUGGGAUCCAUCGGCAUCGCUCCUGUGGUCGGGAGACUCGUCGGAGGCUUCGGGGCCAUGGGCGGUGCCGGACGAGACCUCUCUCGCCGCUGACGGUACAGAGGUCCCCGCCGACGCUCACGACACCACUGUCGAGCUGAAGGCCCAGAUUGCUGCGCUCACGGCGGAGCUCGACGCGUAUCGCAACCACAACGCAGACAUGGCACUGCUCGAGGAGACAGUGUCAUCUAUUGAGGACCGGAUGGCCGGAGAGACAAGCAUGGUCGAGCUGUGGCGCACCCGGUACUUGGAGGCCGCGGCCCGCGCCGACGCCGCCGAGGCUGAAGUUGCGCGCCUGACCGCGCUGCUGGAGGCGCCUACUCGAAUGGGCUGCGAGGGCGAGAAGAACGUUGGUGAGGAUGUGAUGGAGCUGGAGGUCGAGGCGAAGCCAUCGCCUACAGCACGCGAUGCGCUGGCGACGCCGGCGUCGCCAGCGACACCCAGCCAUCCGGCCCUCCGGAACCAUGGUCCGAGCACGAUCCUGCCGCGAACUCCGCUCCACUUACGUCCUUGGGAGAUGUAA